AUGUAUACAUGUGUAGUUUUGAGUCGGCCAGCUGUCAAUAGUGCAUUUACAUACAGCAUUGCAGAUAAUCUCCCCGUGGCCACUCGCCUGGAGCUUUACACAAACAAAGAUGAAGGAACGGAUGAGGAACAGAGGAAGGACGUUCAGUUCGAGCACGGCUACAGGCUCGGCUUCACUGAAAACAACAAGUUCUAUCUACACAACCACCUGUCAUUCAUCCUGUACUACCACAAAGAGAAGGUGGAGGAAAAUGAGGAGCACAGUUACCGGGUUGUACGGUUUGAAGUGAUGCCAAAGAGUGUCAAAUUAGAGGAUAUAAAAGCAGACGAACAACAUACAUGUACAUUACCAGAAACCAUAGCCCCCUUCCCACAGGAGAUCGACCCAACCAAAGAGAACAGCAUCCUCUUUACAUACUCUGUGCGCUGGGAGGAAAGUGAGGUGAAAUGGGCUUCUCGCUGGGACACGUAUCUUACCAUGAGCGACGUGCAGAUUCAUUGGUUCUCCAUCGUCAACUCUGUGGUCGUGGUGUUCUUUCUAUCAGGUAUCCUGAGUAUGAUCAUCAUCAGAACUCUGAGGAAAGAUAUUGCCAAUUACAACAGAGAAGACGACAUCGAGGACACAAUGGAGGAAUCUGGUUGGAAGAAUGUUCAUGGUGACGUGUUCCGACCUCCUCAGUAUCCCAUGAUUCUUAGCUCUCUGCUGGGCUCUGGUAUCCAGCUCUUCUGCAUGAUUCUCAUUGUGAUCUUUGUGGCUAUGCUGGGUAUGUUGUCUCCAUCCAGUCGAGGAGCUCUGAUGACGACAUCCUGCUUCCUUUUCAUGUUCAUGGGUGUAUUUGGAGGAUACUUCGCGGGUCGACUGUACCGCACUCUUAAAGGCCACAGAUGGAAGAAAGGCGCUUUCUGUACUGCGAUGCUGUACCCGGCUGUCGUCAUCAGCAUCUGUUUUGUGUUGAACUGUUUUAUCUGGGGAGAGCACUCUUCUGGUGCUGUUCCCUUUACUACAAUGCUGGCACUGUUGUGCAUGUGGUUUGGCAUUUCUAUGCCUCUUGUAUAUCUGGGCUACUAUUUCGGUUUCCGGAAACAGCCAUAUGACAAUCCGGUUCGCACCAAUCAGAUCCCCCGGCAGGUCCCUGAGCAGCGCUGGUACAUGAACAAGUUUGUCGGCAUCCUAAUGGCUGGAAUUCUGCCUUUUGGCGCCAUGUUUAUCGAGUUGUUUUUCAUCUUUAGUGCUAUUUGGGAAAACCAAUUUUAUUACCUCUUUGGCUUUCUCUUCCUGGUCUUCAUCAUUCUUGUGGUUUCCUGUUCUCAGAUCAGCAUCGUCAUGGUGUAUUUCCAACUAUGUGCAGAGGUAGGCACGUCCGUGGUGUUGGAACCCGAAAAGUGA